AACACGAGUCUGAGGUAAGACAACAACAACAUUACUGACUGAUAUGAAUGAGGAUAUUAGUGUCUUAUAGUUUAUCUCUCUCACAUCCAGGUGUCUGAGAUGUCUCUGGUGGAGGGUCUGAAGGUUCUCCCGCUGGACGCCGUGGACUCGGACACACAGCGGUGUCGCAUGGGUCCGGCUCUGAUGUCCAGGUUAGGUCUGAGGCUGGGCGCUCCGGUUCUGAUCCGGGUUCAGCGGGGGGUCUGUUUGUGCACCACAUGGCCACGGCACGACCUCGCCGAGGGCUUCCUGCAGAUCAGCACCCAGUGUGCCACACCGGACCUCACCGCACAAACACUCACCGGACUCAGGGUGAAACCGGCGCACAUCUCAGCACUGACCUGCCCCAGGCUCUCCAGCGUCAGCGUGAAGGUGUUUGUGCAGAGACCGGAGCACAAGCGGAAGGUGUCCGAGCGGGGCGUUCAGCAGCUGCUGGAGGGUCUGUACGUGCACCAGGGUCAUCUGGUGGACCUGUCCUGUGUGAAGACCGAGCUCGUGUUUGUGCUGGUUGAGAAGGUGAACUCGGGCUCACAGAAAGCUGGUCAGGUGACAGCGAGAACCCGUGUGGAGGUCAGCGAGCUGCAGACCGUUAAACACCUGGAGAGGCGUCAGGAGGUCUCGACCCCGUCUCUGGGCGGCCUGGACGAGGUUUACACCUCGCUGAAGGAAAUAAUCACGUUACCUCUGCUUUACCCUGAGACUCUGCGGCAGCUGGGAGUGUCGUGCCCAAGAGGCCUGCUUCUGAUCGGGCCGCCCGGCGUCGGGAAGACCCUGCUGGUGCGCUGCGUGGCGAGGGACAUCAGGGCCACGUUAGUGACUGUCAACGGGCCGGAGGUCACGGGGUCUCGACCCGGAGAGAGCGAGGAGAACCUGCGGCGGGUGUUUGAUCAGGCGCGGGAGGCGGCCGAGGACGGUCCGUGUGUCCUGCUCAUCGAUGAGAUCGACUCUCUGUGUCCGAGGCGGACGGGAUCCAGUGGCGCACCGGAGAACCGUCUCGUCGCUCAGCUGCUGACGCUCAUGGACUCCAUCGGCAGUCACGAGGGCUUCGUCAUCGCCGGAGCCACCAACCGACCAGACGCUCUGGACCCAGCGCUCCGGAGACCUGGCAGAUUCGACAGAGAGGUGAUCGUCGGCGUUCCCUCGCUGCUGCAGAGGCUCAGUAUCCUGAAGUGUGUGUGCGGUCAGAUGCCGCUGUCCUCUGAUGUGGACCUGAAGGCUGUUGCUGAAAUGACCUGUGGGUAUGUCGGGGCGGAUCUGAGCGCGCUCGGUCGAGAAGCAGCGCUGCAGGCCAUGCGACAGACGCAGACAGGAGCGAGCGAGCCGCUGUCGAUGCAGCACUUCAUGCAGGCGCUGCGGAUUGUGCAGCCGUCGUGUCUCAGGAGCAGUAUAGGAGUCACAGACUUCAAACCCAUCAGCUGGGAGCAGAUCGGAGGACUGGACGACGUCAAACUCAGACUCAGACAGAGUAUCGAGUGGCCCAUGAGGUUUCCCGAGGCGUUGGUGCGGUUGGGUGUCUCUCGGCCCAGGGGUGUGCUUCUGUACGGGCCGCCCGGCUGCGCUAAGACCACGCUGGUGAAAGCAGCCGCCUCUUCAUCACACUGCAGCUUCCUCUCCCUCAGCGGAGCCGAGCUCUUCUCUCCGUAUGUGGGAGACUCAGAGAAAACACUGGCACAGUUGUUCGCUCAAGCGCGUGCGUGCGCUCCCUCCAUCGUGUUCCUGGAUGAGAUCGACAGUAUGGUGGGUUCUCGAGCGGACGGUUCCUCUCACAGCGUGCAGUCGCAGGUUCUGGCGGUUCUGCUGACCGAGCUGGACGGAGUGGGACUCCGGUCUGUGGAGAGACGCAGCAGCGGGAGAAAGAUCGCUCUGUUAGAAGAAGGAGAGCAGGAGGACGCCGGACUACAGCAGAUGGAGCUGCAGGAAGUGUGUAACAAGGAUGUUCUGAUCGUGGCUGCCACUAAUAGACCAGAGGUUCUGGACAGCGCUCUGCUCAGACCCGGACGCCUCGACCAGAUCAUAUACGUCCCUCCUCCAGACCUCCAGGCUCGUCUGGCCGUGCUGCACGUCUGCACUGAAAGCGUCCCGCUGCAUCAGGACGUGUGUCUGCAGGAUCUGGCUGCGCAGACUGAGCUCUUCUCUGGAGCCGAUCUAGAAAACCUGUGCAGAGAGGCGGCUCUUCUGGCGCUGCGUGAGGACGGACUCCAGGUGUCCUGCGUGAGACACAAGUGUUUUCUGAAGGCGCUUCAGAGUCUGAGUCCAUCACUGAGUCCACAAACGCUUCAGCGACACGUUCAACUGUUUCAGAGUUCUAGUAGUUCACUCCAGAAUUAACAUUUCCCCGCAUCA